AUGUGCCACAGCUCCAGCAUGCGUCCAUCGACAAAGAAGAGGCCCAAGAAUAAGGUUUCCAAGAUGCAAGCUAAGGAACCACAGGACAAGAUACAUCAGCCUGUCAGCAAAGUAAUCGAGCGGAACCGACUUAAAAUGGUAUUAAAACACUUGUCGCUCUUGAAGCUGCUCAAAAGCUCGAACCCUCGGAUCCAAGAACUGUAUAACCUGGCCAGAAGGUGUUGGAAUUCACUGCUCAGGGUUCCAAAGAUCCUGGGGAUCUCCUCUGGGUACGACAAUGUCUGUGAUGAAGUGGAACAAAAUAACAAAGCGCUCCAGGAGGAGGCUGGGUGUUCCUACCAGAAACUGGACUCCAAGAACUUAAAGCCCACAGGAGAGCCUGAGGAGCCUGAGGAGCCUGAGGAACCUGAGGGGCCGAGGCCCAGGGCACAGGAAGCUAUGCCACAGAAAGAGGAGCAGAUGGAGCCUGAGGCCCCGAUGGCAUCGCAGGGUCACAGCCUGACCACCGGUCCCGGAGCCCAGACAGGGCAGCCACCCACUGGGGACCCCCGAGUCAUCUUCCUGAAGACCCCCCAGGGCAGAACUCCCACAGAGGGUGCCAAACAGCCGGAAAGAGCGAACCAGCGGGUCUGGUUUGAGGGGCUGCCCACACGAGUCCACCUCCCGGGGCCCCGGGUGAUGUGCAGAUCCUCCGCCUUGCGCUGGGUCAAGCGCUGCUGCACCCGCUUCUGCUCGGCAUCAUUGGAGCUGCCGAUGGUCCAUCUGUACAAGGUGUGACCUUGGACGGGAGCCCGGGAGCCCGAGGUGUGCGGGAGAUGGCACAAUCAUGGACCGGGAGGGAAGGGCGGGAGAAUUCGUGAG